AGAAGAAGAGGAGGAAGCCAACAAGUCCCCUGUGACAUCAAGAUCAAGGUCGAGGUCCGCCGCGUGCCCUGAAGUGCCCUGGCAGUGUUUCUCGUGGAGGAGGAGGAGCCCCUCGGCGUGCAGGCCCCCAGGCACAUGACUUUGUGUCCCAAUGUCCACCACUGGUGUUAGUGUUGAAGUGAGGCAUCGAGACAGUUGCUGUGGUCAGUACUUGUUCCGUCCCUGCUGCCGCUGACUUCAGGACUCCUUGGUGCAUCCCUCGCCUUGCCUGCUCAAUUGGUCACUGAGUGUGGCUUUGAAGCAACCUCGCCGCCUUCUCCAGCAUCUCUGAGGUUCCUCAAGGCCAGCCAACUCCUCACAUCCAGAGUAGUGUUGCAGUGGAGGCUGCAAGGCGGGACAGCAGCUGGAGUGGCUGGGAUCAGCAGGAGCAGACUGCUACUGGUGUGAGGUUCAGGAGUGAUAAAAAACACCACCAACACAACCACCAACAACAACAACAACUGCUGGCCUCUUCAUCCACAAAGGGGGAAGUUUGAAUUUCAGAAGUGUGAGAAGAUCUGAGAAUGAGAGCAAGUUUACUGACCAAAGCCAAGAGUGUGAGAAAAGACAUGAAGGGAAGGAUGACCUCAACAAAUACACCCACACACUCUGGUGUAAGACCUCAUGAAAGUCGGGAGUGUGGCAAAAGGUUUAGUAAUAGGAGUAACCCCAAACAUCACACCCUUACACACACUGGUGCAAGAAACCAUGAGUGUGAAGUUUGUGGGAAAUGUUUCAGUCAGAGGGGUCACCUCAACACACACACCCUUACACACAUCAGUGCAAGAAAUCAUGAGUGUGAAGUUUGUGGGAAAUGUUUCAGUCAGAAGGGUACCCUCAAGAAACACACUCUUACACACAGUGGUGAAAGAAAUCAUGAGUGUGAAGUUUGUGGGAAAUGUUUCAGUCAGAAGGGUACCCUCAAAUUACACACUCUUACACACACUGGUGAAAGAAAUCAUGAGUGUGAAGUUUGUGGAAAAUGUUUCAGUCGGAAGGGUACCCUCAAAUUACACACUCUUACACACACUGGUGAAAGAAAUUAUAGGUGUGAAGUUUGUGGAAAAUGUUUCAGUCACAAGGGUACCCUCAAAUUACACACUCUUACACACACUGGUGAAAGAAAUUAUAGGUGUGAAGUUUGUGGAAAAUGUUUCAGUCGGAAGGGUACCCUCAAGAAACACACCCUUACACACACUGGUGAAAGAAAGCAUGAGUGUGAAGUUUGUGGAAAAUGUUUCAGUCGGAACGGUAUCCUCAAGAAACACACCCUUACACACACUGGUGAAAGAAAGCAUGAGUGUGAAGUUUGUGGUAAAUGUUUCAGUCAGAAGGGUGACCUCAAAUUACACACUCUUACACACACUGGUGAAAGAAAUCAUGAGUGUGAAGUUUGUGGAAAAUGUUUCAGUCGGAAGGGUACCCUCAAAGUACACACUCUUACACACGCUGGUGAAAGAAAUCAUGAGUGUGAAGUUUGUGGGAAAUGUUUCAGUCGGAAGGAUAACCUCAAAUUACACACUCUUACACACACUGAUGCAAGAAAUCAUCAGUGUGAAGUUUGUGGGAAAUGUUUCAUUAAGAAGAGUAACCUCAAAUUACACACUCUUACACACAAUGGUGAAAGAAAUCAUGAGUGUGAAGUUUGUGGGAAAUGUUUCAGUCGGAAGGGUACCCUCAAAUUACACACUCUUACACACACUGGUGAAAGAAAGCAUGAGUGUGAAGUUUGUGGAAAAUGUUUCAGUCAGAAGGGUAACCUCAAAUUACACCUUGUUACACACACUGAUGCAAGAAGUCAUGAGUGUGAAGUUUGUGGGAAAAGGUUCAAACUGAAGAGUAUAUUGGACAUGCACCUCUUCAGACACUCUGGUCAUAAAGGGUUCAAGUGCGAUGUUUGUGGGAAACGUUUCAUGACUAAGGGUGAGAUUGUCAGGCACAUGAAGGUCCACUUCUCCUGAGGUGCUGUGCUGAUUCAGUUCUGCUGUGUGUGUGAGUGCAAGUGUUUGUUGUGGUGGUGUUACAGGGCUGUGUGUAGCACAGAGAACAGAAAAUAUUCAUCUGUUGGAACAAAUGGUGACUGUGACGGCAUGAUCUGUUAUUCACUUUCCACCCCAGGCUUCAUGUGGUUGGUGGGUCCUGUGAAAGGUCUGAUCUUUUUGGUGACUGUGCUGGGCUGGCUGUUGUGGCCUGGGCUUAUUGGUCAAGUGUGUGUGUGUUAAUAGUAAUAAUAUAGUGUAUUUGGUCUUACCAGCCGCUAAGCUAAAAAUGUACACAUUAUAAACACAUUGUAAAGAACAGUAGGUAGGGGUUCAGGGAUCUAACACAUCAGUGGGAGGUUGGAAUGAUAGUGGUGGGAGGGUUGAGUGCAGUGUGGUGGUGCCGGGGAGGGGGAGGACAUCCUCUUCCAGAUGGUGGCAAGGUGUUAGUCCCAAGGUGUGACAUUCAUGUAGGUGUGAAAGAGGGGUGACGAUAUGAUUGAGCACAUGCUACUUGAGUGAUGUAUGUAUAUAAGAGAGAAAAGGGGAUUAUGGUAACAGUUGUGACUGAAUGGAAUAGGAUGUUGGAGAGGGAUGUAAAAAGGUUAAAUGCAUGCAAUAUUAUUUCAGCUGAGGUCAUUUUCAAAGCAGACAAUUGUUGUCAUUCAGUAGAUCAUGUCAUUCUUAAUCAUCAGAAAUCAUUUUCAAGACUCAAUUCUGACCUGUCACAUUGCGUAGAUCUUGUCAUUCUUAGUCAGUUGAGGUCAUCUUGAAGCCAACAAUUCUUGUUUCAUAGUUCAAUUCUUGUCAUUUUCCCUCUUUUUGUUCCUCAGAUAUAUUUUUCAAAUUAAUAUCAUAUUUAUUUCCAUUUAUUUCAUUUUGGGAGCAGGCAUUAAGGCCAGGUUAUGUUAGGUUACCUUAUAUUUAGUUUAAUUAGGUCAGAUGAGGUUAGGUUACAUUUAAUUUGAUUAGGGUAGUUAGUUUUAAUUGUGUUCAAUGAAUGUGUAAUAUGCUUCAGUUAUAUAAUGUGUACUCGCCAUUGCCAAUGGAGCUUGGGAAUAAUAACACAUGACUUAGUCAUUCACUUUUUUUUAUUGGAUUAACCUGCAGUUUGAGUAUUACAGCUUGAUGUAGCACGUAACAGCUGAUACAGCACAA